AUGCUCAGAGCUUUCACUCGUUUGCGAGCUCCUCUUCGAUCUCUUCCCGAAAACCCUAACCCUGCUUCCCCCUUCUCCCGCUCCUCCCGCCGUGGCCGGAAGGAGGGAGAGGCGUCUAGAGACGAAGAUGAUAAUAGUCUCGGCGUCUUCGUCUUCGGAAGUGACCAUGAGACUCCCCCGCGGUUGCUUAUCCUCCAGCCUCGUCUCCGCCCUGACUCACUGCUCAAUUCCAAACUCGGUGAGGCCAUCAACCUCGCUAACUCCCUUGAAGAGCAGCGCGAUGGGUUCUUUGCGAAGGAGUUCGCGGACAAGAAUCCACCGCCCCACCUCAUCGUGCAGAACCCUGCCUCUCGCUCUAGGACUCACGCAGACACCUUCUUCGGGCCAGGGACUGUGGACAAUGUAAAAUGCCAUUUGAGAGCAUUGGAGACUGAGGAUAAAAUAGAUGCAGUUUUUGUCAAUACAAUUCUUUCUGGAGUUCAGCAGCGAAAUUUGGAGGUUGCAUGGGGAAAACCUGUAUUAGAUCGUGUAGGCCUCAUAAUUGAAAUUUUUAAUGCUCAUGCCGAAACAAAAGAGGCAAAGCUACAGUCAGAAUUAGCAGGUCUCAUGUAUAAAAAAACUAGGCUUGUGCGUGUCCGUGGCCCAAGUGGGCGUCUUACUUUUGGAGCAAGUGGAGAAGCUGAGGUUGUCAGCGCCAAGGGGCGAGGAACUGGGGGCCGUGGGUUUAUAAGUGGUGCAGGAGAAACUGAACUCCAACUGCAACGGCGAAGAAUUCUAGAGCGUCGCAACCAUUUGUUAUCUCAAAUUGAGGAGGUGCGACGAACCCGUGCUUUGCAGCGUGCUUCUCGAAGAAGACAUGGUGGUACUGAAGGUCAAGGCCUUGCUACUGUUGCCAUUGUCGGAUAUACAAAUGCGGGAAAGUCUACUUUAGUCAGUGCUCUUUCAGAAAGUUAUGUGUUCAGUGAUGAUAGACUGUUUGCAACAGUGGACCCUCGGGUAAGGAGUGUGAUUCUUCCAUCAGGGAGGAAAGCACUUCUUAGUGAUACUGUAGGUUUUAUCUCAGAUUUGCCUGUGCAGCUGGUUGAAGCAUUUCAUGCUACCCUGGAGGAAGUCGUGGAAGCUGACCUAUUGGUGCAUGUGUUGGACUCUAGUGCGCCAAAUCUUGUCGAGCAACGUUCAAGUGUAUUGCAAGUACUGCAACAGAUUGGGGUGGCCGAGGAGAAGAUUCAAAAUAUGAUUGAAGUCUGGAACAAGAUUGAUCUUCUCAAAGGACAUGCGAGAGCAGAUGAAAUUUUAGAUGGGGGCGAAUACCCAAGUGAAGUUGACGAGGAUAUGGCAUCGGGUGAAUCGGCUGAUGAGGAUGGGAUGCAUUCCGGGCUUUCUUCUAAUGAACAAAUUGACAACAAUGAGAUGAUCUCUGAGGUUUCAUGUGAUGAACUUAUAGAUGAGGAUGAAUUGGUUGAUGAGGAUGGGAUUCAUUCUGAGAGGCUUUCUUCGAGUGAACCAAUUGAUGACCAUGAGAUAACCUCUGAGGUUUCUUGUGAUGAACCUGUAGAUGACGAUGAGAUGGUUUUUGAGCUAUCAUCGGUUGAGUCGAAAGUUGAAGAUACCGCAUCUGAACAAGAGGUGGACGAAACUGCCGUUUUUUCCCAAGUUGAGUCAUCAAAAGCCUGGGAGAUGAUAGAUUUACCAGCAUGCGGUGAAUCCAAAGAAAUUCAACGUGUAGAAACUUCGGCGGUAAUGGGAAUCGGUUUGCAGGAAUUGCUGAGUCUCAUUGAUGAGAAGCUUGCUGCUCAGAAACCAGUUCUUCAAAAGAACCUUGGGGCUUUUGAUCGAAAAUGGCGACCCUCUCAAGUCUAUGACGAUGAAAAGGUCGCAGAACAGUAGGUAAAAUGUUACAAACUAGACAACAAUGCAUCAUUUCCACAUUUUCGAUCUCUAACUCUUGUUCGCCUCUUUUCUUCUCUAUCAUAGGUCGGAAAGCAUGGAAUUUCUUGAUAGCCAAGAUAAGAACUAUACAAUGAACACUUCUUUAUAAUGGAUAUUGAUUUGGUUUGAGUGGAUU